AUGUCGCAAACUACGAAGUCUUUAAACGAAUUCGUUUAUUCAACAACUCGAUGCCAUGAUGAUUCAAGCAAUAACAGUGAUGAAUACAUUAUUGUACGCAAGGAUAAUGAGAGUAGCAUUGAAGAUGAAGAAGACGGUAGUGUAGAAUAUGAUACCAGUGACAAAGAUCAAAGUGAGGAGAGCUCCAUCUAUGUGUCCAAAGAUGACCUUGAAGAGGAAGAGACAGGCGGCGAUGAUGAAGUGGACGUUAUUGAGGAAGAUUUAGGUUACUUUGACUAUUUGAUUGAAGCCUAUGACUCAUUAUUGUCUCGCUACAACUCCAAGCAGGCAGUAGCUUUGGCUAGUCGUGUUGCUGUUAGACGUAUUCAUCAAGGAUCGCUUAUUCAAGAAGCCAUUAAGUUAGUUGGAAAGGAUGCUUUACGCAAGCUUGCCAUUAUUGGUUCUAUUCAAGGCACAAACGCAGGAAAGAUCAACAAGACUAUCCAGGUACCUUGCAGUGGUGAGGCUGUAAAAGGCGUCAAGACAAUCCAACAGUUGGUGCAGUCCGACAUCAUAUCUCAAAAAGGCUCCAAGUAUGAUUUUUCAAACAAAAAGAUCCAUCUCAACUUGAUUGCUGCUGCCAUGCCAUACGCUGCUUUUCAGUGCAUGGAGGAGGCCCAGGCUACAGACAUUGCUCGCAAGAAGUCUAAACACAGCAUUGAAACAGCAUUGCCCUUGCAGCUCCAAUAUCUCGAAGCAGGCUCUCUCCCGCUUGGUACCAAGACUAGAAAGGCCCAUUUGCAUUGGUCAUUCCAGUUUUUAGAAUCCAUCAAUUGCACGUUCAAUCCAACCAUUUACAAGAGAAAUAUGAGACAAGCAGUUGUGUAUGAAAACAUGAAGUGGCUCACCGAGAGACUGGAUGAUAUUGAAGGCUCUUUGACUCUCAAUGCCAAGGAAAACAACAUCGAUGCUAAGCAGUUUUUCAAAAAGUAUUAUGCUAUUGCUCAGAAAGCCAGAACCAAGGAAGCUGAACAAAAAGAAGGAAGAAACGAGAAGACAACCAGAGCUGAGAGAAGAAGAAGACGUCGCAAUGCUGCCAGGGCUAACUGA